CUAAAACUGUUUUACAAAAACAAUGGAAAUAAACGGAGUCCUCCUUCAAUAAUACUCCGUACUAGUAAAAAACAGGAGAGAGAGAGGCCUGAGGAGAAAAAGAAUGGAUGCGGAGAGGCGAUGGGGCGAUCCUCUUGAUGUGAAUGAUGGUUGUGGAGAGUUGAAUGUUCAACUUUCGGAUCGUCACGACCGAUCGAGGUUAAAGAUAGCCUCAUCAGAAUCGAAGGUGAAGCUGUUAGAGGAGAAGACAACCUUUCCAAAUGUAUCGAGGUUAAAGAUAGCUUCAUCAGAUCGAACGGCGAAGCUGUCAGAUGAGGAGACAACCUUUCCAAAUGUAUCCAGGCAUCGACAACAAUGUCUAAAAAAUUCCUUCUUUAACACCUGCUUCCAGUUCAUGAGAUCAUACGUCCACAAACCUUGCGCACCCAUUACAGACGAGGAAAAUGAGAUUGGCAAACAGUAUCUUGAUACCGAAUACCCCAUUUAUUCCCAUGCCUUCAAACAUGCGCCUAUUGUCUUGGUAGGCCACCAAUUGAAUGUUUUAGACUUGCUCGGUGAUAAACUCUUGUGUUUCUACAGUACUCAAAACAUUCCUAAUCCUAGCAUUCAGCCCAACAACAGAUCCAGAAGUUAUGCGGUAAGCACCCCCUUAAACCUGAUGGGUAAAUAUGUUAUGAUUUGUUGCGUGUUUGUUCCUUCGAUAUGGUCUUCAGCCGAUGCGCGCAUGAUUUAUCACACAUCUUUAGCAUCUCACGAGCUCGCUAGAAGAGGCGAUUUUGCGCUGGUGGUGGUGCCAAUGAUGAGGAAUGGUUUCACUCAUUCCUUCUCUGCCUAUGAACACUUCUUUUCGGGCUUUUCCUGCCUUGCUGUCCCUUUCGGUGAAUAUCUUCGCCGUGAGUACAUUUGCUCGGUACUUGGUUUUGAUGGUCAGCCUAAAGCUUUGAUUCUUGAUCCAUCUCAGAGGGUGCUUUACCAUGGCCAGCCCAAAAUGUUCAGUCAGGUUGGAGGAGCUGAGGGUGGUGCUUUUCCCUUCACUCCGGAUAGAGUGGGUGCUUAUUUACGCCAUGAACGUGGUUGGCAUGGUCACUACUCCCUCAAUGAGCUUUUGGGCCUUAGAGACACUGAUGUUCUCUACAACAUUGGAUAUUAUCAUGCUGGCGGUGAUCGAAUGGAGGAUGAGGAGGAUGCCGAUGCGCGCAUGAUUUAUCACACAUCUUUAGCUUCUCACGAGCUCGCUAGAAGAGGCGAUUUUGCGCUGGUGGUGGUGCCAAUGAUGAGGAAUGGUUUCACUCAUUCCUUCUCUGCCUAUGAACACUUCUUUUCGGGCUUUUCCUGCCUUGCUGUCCCUUUCGGUGAAUAUCUUCGCCGUGAGUACAUUUGCUCGGUACUUGGUUUUGAUGGUCAGCCUAAAGCUUUGAUUCUUGAUCCAUCUCAGAGGGUGCUUUACCAUGGCCAGCCCAAAAUGUUCAGUCAGGUUGGAGGAGCUGAGGGUGGUGCUUUUCCCUUCACUCCGGAUAGAGUGGGUGCUUAUUUACGCCAUGAACGUGGUUGGCAUGGUCACUACUCCCUCAAUGAGCUUUUGGGCCUUAGAGACACUGAUGUUCUCUACAACAUUGGAUAUUAUCAUGCUGGCGGUGAUCGAAUGGAGGAUGAGGAGGAUGGUCGUCGUGGUAUUACUAUUUCAGAACUUAAAAGAAAGUUUGUGGGGAUUUAUGUGUGCUUUGAUGGUAGCAGUUUAUAUGAGCUUGAGGCGGUUUACAAGGAAUGUUGUGAACGGGGGAAAGAGUGUGAGCUUGAGAUUGUGGUGGUGGGUGUUCCCUUUGUUGGGAUAAAGCCCCCAAAGUUGAUGGAGAAGUUUAUGAUUGAAGGUCUUGAGAGUGUUAAGCUGCUAGGCUGGUGGUUUUUCCCUUUCAACAACACUGUGAGCCAUAGGCUAUGUCGGAUGCGAAGUGACAGUCAGGAGGAUGGCCUUUUCAUUGUGGAUCCUGUUAGAAAGUAUGUGGAUGUAUACGGAUUUCCAGUCGUGGCUGACUUUGGCGGCGUGGACGCUUAUCCCUUCAACAGGAGGAAUUUGAUCGAGAAGGAGUUCGAAAGGAAAAUGGGACUGAGACUGAAGUCAUUACUACCUUCCUGUUGGGAACAACAUGUAAUUAGAAGGCUCAAUAAUAUGGAUGAGGAGGUUCCUUUGGCACAAGUGCUUGAGAAGAUGCCUUUUGUUGUUCUUUAUAUGUACAAAGGGGGGAAGGUCUUUGAAAAAAAAAAUAAAAUAUGGUGGGGGUAUGAGGAUGGUGAUAAACUGGCGGCAUGGUAUAAGAAUGAAAUUAAGGGAAAGGGGCAUUCAUCAAGUGUGGUGGUGGUUACUGUGAGCAUGGAUGGCAUUGAUGGUGAUACUGAUUGGUUCCUUGAAAUGGGGUGGUCGGUGUGCCGUGCAGACCCAUUCAAGUCAGCCAAAAUUUGCGAUGAAUACUUCUUCCAUCAUCAAUGUAGGCCAGACGAGGUGGUUGUUGCAUUUGGGGAAGAUGGUCGGAUUCAAUCUUUGGAUGCUUCUCAUAUUAUGGAAUGUCAAGGCCCUCCUUUCCAUGCCAAUAAUCUACAUGCAGAGAUUGCUAAGGAAUUUUAUAAGACUGGGUUUCUUUACAUGUAUCAUGCUGCAGCACUUUGACUACCUAGCUCCCAAUGCAUGUUACAUCCCCACUUAUAUAUCGUCGUCCCAGGGGUCAUUUGUAUGCGUUGACAAAACAACCAACAUUCUACUCAUGGCUAUCUGUAGGCACCUGUAGGUGUAAUUUAUACUCUGUACCCUUUUUAAACCUUCUUUGAAUGAUGCUUCUAUUUAAUAUUUAUUUCUAGAUUUUUUGUUUAUUAUUAUUACUAUUAUUAUUAUUAUCAGAUUACACAAUAGUCCCUUACAAUAUAAUCUGUGUAUGAAUGAGCAAUAAGAUCAUGGGUUCAGUCGUAUUUAGGGUGAUUUCUACUAACAUAUUUAUUAAAAUAAUUUUAGUCAAAUAUUAUAAAUUGAAACAGAAGAUUUAAGUUAGGACGAAUUGAAAGAUAAAUAAAAAAGAAUUUUAUUCUCCUUAUAUAAAAUGGCCCGUUUACAUCUGGGGCCGGGGGAAUUCGCAUAGUAUUUGGUUGGAGAAAUUGGCCGACCCUGUCUUCCGCUCCAAAAUCCUAUUUCCACAUUUCCCAGUUUCUUCCAUAUCCAAUAAUCCAGCCAAAGAAUGACUCGAGACAUUUCAAAGGAAGCAAUCACCGAAUUGGAAGCUGUCGAUGAUGGCAGCAAUGAAAUCUUGUUGACUAUUUCAACCACGGAGAAUGGGAGUAGGAACAAGAGGAAGUUUUUGUCUGAGUUCCCACCAGACAUUCAGAUAGACUCACCUCCUCUGUCUCUGACAGAAUUCCCAAGAUAUGAGCUUUUAGAAGAAAAGCUGCGUAGCACACUACAUACGUUUGCAUCGCUCAAUCUUCUUCCGGACCAAUCUAAUGACACAGCUGGAGCAGAAACUUCACAGGAAGCUGAUUGGGAUGAUCCCAUUGCCUGCGAGCUGGAGAAGCUUCUUACGCACAAUCUGCAUGCAACCUUCCAGACUGCAGUAAAAAAAAUUGUUGAGUGUGGGUACAGUCAAGAAAUUGCAGAAUCUGUUGUUCUGAGGAGUGGACUUUAUCAUGGUAUUAAGGAUGCUGUGUCAAAUGUUGUGGACGGUGCGCUAGAUUUAUUAACAAAAGAAAAGAAUUUGGGGACCAGGUACCAACUGUUUGAGGAGUUUGAUAGUUUGGUGGAGUACGCAAUCCUUGAGAUGAUCUGUGUGUUAAGGGAGAUAAAACCAUUCUUAACGGUUGCUGAAGCCAUGUGGGCACUUUUGAUUUGUGAUCUCAACCUGUUACACGCGUGUGCAGUGAAGGCAGAUCUUUCGUGCGAUUUCUUCAAUCAAGUAGUAAAUCCAGAAGCUUCUAGAGCCAGUUCCAAUAAAGAAAAAUCAAAUCUUUCUAACAAGUCUGUUCCGUUUCCCACUGUCCCUCAACUACUAAAAUACUCCCAUUUUCGUGAUGCUACAAUUAGUAGUAAAGAAGGAGGGUCGUUUUCUCUUUUGGAGAUGGAAAGUAAAUCCUUAGGGGCUGCCAGAGAGUACAUUCAAGCUGUAACACAAGCGGUCGUGUCUGAAGAAAAAUCUGGGGUGAGUCGGAAGGGAUGCUCUCUUCAUUCCAAGAAAGAUCUCUUAAGGCAAAAGCCAUUUCCCUUCGAGAAGACUUACAAGGGCCGUUUGGGUAAGGGAUCAUUUAA